CCUCACCGCUCCGUUGUUUAAAACCUUGGUUUCAAGCUCGAGUUAUAUCUUCCACAUUACGUGAUAUCAUAACAUCCAUAGGUUGUUUUAUGAAUUUUUGGAUUGCAGAUGGGGCCGCAGCAGUUUCCUUAUUUAUGACAUUCCUAGGGUUUCCUCUAAACAGAAAUGGGCAGUUGCUGAUGGUCUUGGAGCAGUGGUGCUGAGACUUACUUGUCCUGAGUUGCCUCCUUUUUCAUUUUUUUCUGGGACUGAGGGGGUAACUUAAAAGGGCAAGAGAUUGGGUGAGAAGAAAAGCCCAUUUCCGUUUGAAGUUCAUGGAUACCAAUGAUGGAGAUGAGGACGAGUUUGGGUUCUCACGAAAUUACUUUUUGGCCAAAGAAUUGAGCGGGUCUGGAAAUAAAUUCAGCAAGAAGCUAUCUGACAUUAACCUUGUGGACGAGCAGGAUUUACGUGCAGCGGUAUCUUGUCUGGAGUUCAAACAUAAAACAGAGAUACAAUCUCUUAUAAAUCACUAUAAAAGUUUGUAUCCCACAUGGCUUUUUGAGCUCAGAUGCGGUUUUGGACUUCUGAUGUAUGGCUUCGGUUCCAAGAAAGCCAUGCUUGAAGAUUUCGCUUCGACAGCUUUAGCAGAUUUUGGAGUGCUUGUUGUCAAUGGCUACCUUCAUUCCAUCAACAUUAAACUAGUUGUGAUCGCAAUUGCUGAACUUCUAUGGGAUCAAAUAAGAACCAAGCGAAAGGGCCAUAUGUCAAAUAUGUCACAACCUUUCCGAUCACAAACCAUGGAAGAACUUCUUGAUUUCUUGGAUGGAUCAGAAUUCAAAGACCAAGAUUUAGUUUAUGUGGUUAUCCACAAUAUAGAUGGACCUGGGUUACGAGAUGGUGAAUCACAGAAAUGGCUUGCACGCAUUGCUAGCUGUUCUCAAAUCCGUAUGAUAGCAUCUAUAGACCACGUCAAUGCACCUCUUUUGUGGGAUAAGAAGAUGGUUGCCAUAGAGUUCAACUGGUGCUGGUACCAUGUCCCAACUUUCGCACCUUACAAGGCUGAAGGUGUAUUCCUUCCUUUGAUACUUGCUAACAGUGGCACUGCCCAAACUGCAAAGACUGCUGCAAUCGUUCUUCAGAGUUUAACACCUAAUGCUCAGAGUGUUUUCAAGGUCCUUGCUGAAUACCAGCAGGCGCAUCCUGAUGAAGAAGGGUUGCCUGUGAAUCAAUUGUAUACCAUGUCCCGGGAAAGAUUCCUGGUGAGCAGCCAACUCACUCUAAACUCUCACUUGACUGAGUUUCGCGAUCACGAACUGCUAAAGACCCGGAGACAUGGUGAUGGUCAAGACUGCUUGUACAUUCCGCUCUCAUCUGAAGCUAUUGAGAAUCUUCUUCUGGAAAUUAGUUGAAACAUUUCGCUCAGUGACGCAUAUAUACUGGAUAGUGGGUUUUUAUAUUUGUCAUAACCUCUGGAAUUUUUGUCUAAAAUCACAAAGUUGAUGUUGUGACCAUGUGCUUCUCUUUCUAUGCAUUGGAACCCACAUGGCACAACUAGGAAGAUCGGGCAACAAAUUAUGUUGAGCUCAUCAUCAAAAUAGUUUGUUUGAAAAGAAGAGAACUUGUAUGAGGAUUUCAAAAAGUAGGAGAAAUAUACAAAGAGAUAUGGCUUCUUAAGUGAUGCAGGCACAGAAAGGAAUAAUGUAUAUCAGCGGCCUAGUUCUAUGUUACAUACAUCUGGUGCGUCAUUGAACUAUUUCUUAAACCUCAUCUGCCCAACUCUAUUUCCUACCUAUGAUGCAAGGUUAUCAAUGAGAAUCAGUUGGUUCAAGCAAUGCAAGUAUGUGUAAAGUUAAGAAAGGAAGAGGUUUUGAGAUUGUUUUUUUGGCACUUUAUAUAAGUUGCAAUUGGUGUAAGGCUGCAACUUUAAAGUAAAUUUACACUUCAAAACCCUAUCAGAAAAUGUAGUUCUGGUGCCAAAAAUCCCUAUGACGGCCUGAAUGUGGCCUGAAUGUGGGAAGCUUGAUUUAAUUGCUGUAGUGUUAUUUCUUUCCUGCAAAAUUCAGAGAGCACACCUUUUAUUAAUGCCCAUGUAACUUCAUGCUCUUACACGUGACUAUGAAACAUAUAAAAUGUAUAUGCUAAACAAUAUAUAAAAUGCUUGUUUUAUUA